AUGGUCUUUGUUCAAAUUAACUAUCGCGUCGGCGCUUUUGGAUUCUUGGCCAGUAAAGAAAUCCGUAAAGACGGCGAACUGAACGUCGGGCUCCUUGAUCAGCAGAGGGCUUCGUAUUGGGUUCAGAAAUACGUUCACUUGUUUGGCGGAGAUCCAGAACACGUUGUAAUCCAUGGCGACUUGGCUGGGGGUGGGUCAAUUGCUUACCACUUGACUGCGUAUGGCGGAAAGAGCGAAGGGCUAUUUGUCGGCGCCAUAGCAGAAUCACCUUUUCUUCCCACGCAUCGCACGGUUGCCGAGUCCGAGUCCCAGUUCGGUCGCUUUGUGGAGAAUGCCCAGUGUGGUCAAGAUGCAGACGCCCUCGCCUGUCUCCGAUCGAAAGAUACUGCGACACUUCAAGCUGCAGAUGUAAUUUCGCGCUUUCCUAGAACGGCGGAAACGCCACUGUGGUAUUUCCUGCCUGUUAUCGAUGGGACAUUCUCCCCCGCUGAUCUAUAA